CCAGAAGCGGCACAAAUCUCAAGUGUGCGUCAGGGGGGAACAGAGACAGACAGACAGGGCCACUGGAAGUUUUUUUCUUUCCCCGGAGAUGACCGACAUUUAUACAACUUUUCCAUCACUUUAUUUUACUUUUGGAGGCCUGUGAGCUUGUGAAAGUUUUGCGCAGGAGUGGUGUGAGAGAGAGAAGAGAAGAGAAGAGAAGAGAAGAGAAGAGAAGAGAGAGAGAGAGAGAGAGAGAGAGAGAGAGAGAGAGAGAGAGAGAGAGAGAGAGAGAGAGAGAGAGACGCACCGGUGGUGUUUGAGUAUUCCAGUUUAUUCCAAGGUUAUUCCAAGGCUCUUCUGGGGAAUUGCGCUGCUGCCGCCGCUGCUACUGUCCAUAUCUUAUCCGCAUUUCGGACGGCCCUUCCAGUCCCAUCGUCAUGUCCUCCGGUGAUGGGUCGGAGCAGAGUCGGCGGGUCAGUGUGCUGUCUUGGGAUCAGGUGCGGCGUUUGGACUCCAUCCUUGGAGAGAGCGUCCCCAUCCACGGCCGUGGAAACUUCCCCACGCUGUCCGUCCAGCCCCGGCAGAUCGUGCAGGUGGUCAGGGCUCGACUGGAGGAGCGGGGCAUGGUGGUGCGUGAUGUGAAACUAAAUGGCUCUGCAGCCAGCCACGUGCUCCAUGAGGACAAUGGCCUGGGCUACAAAGACCUGGACCUGAUCUUUGGCCUGAGUCUCACUGAUGACAAAACCUUCCGGCUGGUGAAGGACGUGGUGCUGGACUGUCUGGUGGACUUCCUGCCUGAGGGGGUGUGCAGGGAGCGCAUCACAGCCCUUGCCCUGAAGGAGGCUUACGUCCAGAAACUGGUGAAAGUGUGCAACGAGACGGACCGCUGGAGCCUCAUCUCUUUGUCCAACAACACCGGCAAGAAUGUGGAACUGAAGUUUGUGGAUACUCUGCGAAGGCAGUUUGAGUUCAGUGUUGACUCCUUCCAGAUCACUCUGGACUCCUUGUUGCUGUUCGACCGCUGCUCGGAGACGGCCAUGUCUGAGACCUUCCACCCCACUGUGCAGGGGGAGAGCAUGUACGGAGACUUUGAGGAAGCUCUGGGUCACCUUCGCACCAAGACUAUUGCGACCCGCAGCCCAGAAGAGAUCCGGGGAGGCGGGCUGCUGAAAUACUGCCACCUGUUGGUGCGAGGUUUUCGCCCAGCUUCUGAGGCUCAGAUGAAACAGAUGCAGCGCUACAUGUGCUCACGCUUCUUCAUCGACUUCCCUGACAUCAGCGAGCAGCAGAGGAAACUGGAAGUGUAUCUGCAGAACCACUUUGCGGGCAUGGAGCACAAGCGAUAUGAGUGCCUGGUGACGCUGAGGCGAGUGGUGGAUGAAAGCACCGUGUGUCUGAUGGGCCAUGAGCGCAGACAGACACUAGCACUUAUUUCUGCCCUGGCUCUGCGGGUGAUGGCUGAGCAGAAUGCCAUCCCUGCUCUGUCGAACAUCACCUGCUACUACCAGCCUGCCCCCUAUGUCAGAGACGUCAACUUCAGCAAUUACUAUGUGGCACAAGUUCAGUCACCCAUGGCAUGCAGUAACUCUUACCAAACAUGGCUGCCUUGCAGCUGAGUAAUGACUUUUAGGAUGCUGACAUGUUUGGAAAGCUUUUAGUUUCGACCUUACAUUGAUGUAAACUGAGCAAUUCAGUAGAGUGUUCAGUACUUCUGUAGCAAUGUUGCAUUUUUGUUGGAAGCGCACCAUGGACCAAAAGGAAUUAAUGUAUUGUAUCUUUUUUUUUUUUUUUUUUUGCCAAAUCUUACAUUGAAACCAUUCCACUAAGUUAUAUUGAUUUAUACUGCUGUAAAUGUCAUUUGAGCCAUUGUUAUUAGCCUUAUAUCUUUUUUGUUCUGUUGUCAUUUCAUAACCAAUGUGUUGGUGUAUGGAAAAAUAUGAAGGGUUGAUAUUUGACAGAGGAACUCUUUCGGUUCUGUUUUCUGUCCAGUGGAAGCUUGUGUGGGUCCAUACAGAAAUGUAAAUAAUGCAUAAGAAACCAGAAAGCUGUAUUCUGUUCAAUCUGUGGUUUCAACUGACCUUGUUUGAGGACAAAAGGACCAAAGAAUUACAUUAUUGUGUAGCAUGAUAAACAAAGACUAUAUGUGAUUCCAAGUGCCUAAAACUGACCAACAUCUUUUUAGUAGUUGCUAUGUAAGAACUGUUUUUGAAUCUUUUUUCAUCCAGGUUACUGUACAUCUCUAUAUCCAGGGUCAGGGUAUUUUGUUUUUAAAUCAUUAAAACAUGUUGAAACUUGAAA